AUGACGAAGGCAAGAGCGUCGAGAGGUCAUACCGUCAAGCCAGAGCCCGGCAAUCAUCAGAACAAUACUUCUCCCACACCUUCUCUCACCAACACCUACAACGGCUCCCCAGAGCACAACAGAAAUCAAGCCCGCUCUCAUUACGCUGGGCCUACUGAUGUCAAUCAAUCAUUCUUGAGAUCAGACGCCCCCACGCCUUCCAUAACUUCUGGCCUGUUGCCCACUCCUCACGGUGCUUACACUGCCCCUCACACUGCCCGGACUGCGCUCACGAACCCAACCUUCGAUGAGAGUGAGCCCGUUCUGCUCCAGGUUAGAAACCGCGACAUGGAUCCGCCCAUCAUGCCCAUGCAGAACGAUUCCUUCCUCGAUGGCUCCUUCCGGGAUAUUGGCGCAAAGGUGAAGAUUUUCAACGAUACUCUCGGUGAACUACAGCAGCUUGGCGUCUCCCACGAUGUCGCCCUUCCUCAGCUCGUUCUCGUUGGAGACCAGUCUGCCGGGAAAUCGAGCCUGAUGUCUGGUCUUGCCGGUCUCAACCUCCCUCGCAGCGAGGGCGUCUGUACUCGUUGCCCCGUCCACAUUCGUGUCUCUCGAAGUGGCCCUCGCGACCGUGGCGGUCCUCAGUGGUCUUGCCGUGUCUCUCUUCAGCAGGACUACGCCUUCCGGCCUCCGAAUCAUUACCUCACAAAGGCCGACGUCACUCCGGAGAACCCGUUCCCGCCUUGGGUGAAGCAAGCGCGAGUGGUGAAGGAGUUUAUGACUAUUUACGACCAGUCGGACAUCGAUACUGUCCUGAAAUGGGCUCAGAUCGCCAUUCUCAACCAUGAUCAGAACCACGAGUUGUACGUUCCCGGUACAGGCGCCAUCACCAAGCAGUGCUUGCUGGACGACGAGGCAGAGAGAACGCUCGCCAAGUUCAGCCCCAACACCGUCGCCCUGGAGAUCAAGGGCCCGGACCUGCCUGAUCUGUCUUUCUACGACAUGCCUGGCAUCUUCCGCAAUGCGGCACGCGAGGAAGAUGAGUAUCUUGUGUCAGUGGUCGAGAACCUCGCACGCAAGUACAUUUCCCAUUCUGAGGCCCUCAUCAUCUGGGCUGUGCCAAUGAAUGUCGACCCUGAGACGUCCUCGACGCUUUCCAUCAUCCGUGUCCUUCAUGCUCAGCAAAGGACUAUCGGAGUGAUGACCAAGGCCGAUCUUCUUCCUGAAGGCAACAAUAGUCAAUGGCUGUCGAUGUUGCGCGGUGAGGCACACAAGAUUGGUCACGAGUUCUUCAUUACCUCUAGGCCGUCGAACCAGAAGCUCGACGAGCAACAGAGAUGGGAGGAGGGAUUCUUUCACCAAGAUGCAAGUGAACGCUGGCCAGAGGAGUUCCAUCCAUUCCGCGAGCGAUGUGGCGUGGAGAAACUCAAGAUUGCUCUCUCCGAGAAGUUGGGCAAGGAAUUCGCCAAGAAUCUCCCUUCUAUAAAGCACAAGGUUCAGACGAGGCUCAGUGAGAUCGAAGCUGAGCUUAGCACCCUUCCCGAGUUGCCCAACAAUGUCGAGUUGGAGGUCCGCAAGAGCUUGAUGGCGUUCUCCUCCACUGUCAAGGAAACUCUUCGCGGUAGAAAGUUUUCCUCUAACUACGGGUCACUUUCGGACAGCUUCCGGGACUGCAUUCUUCAGAUGAAGCCCAAGUUCAUUUUGAAGGAUAAGUCGGACAUUCCUGUCCUUGAAAUCUCCGAUGACGAGGAUGACAACGCACCAAAUGUCACCCCUUCGAACAGAAAGCGUGGCGGCUACGGCCAACAUCAGUCAGCUGCCAAACGACCCCGACCAACCCCCAACGGCGGUGGCUCCUUCUCGGCUGCCAUCAAGACAGAGGACAGCGGUCCGGCGCCAUCGACACCCUCUCGCCGAAGACCACCCCAGCCAACGCCUCUGGCCCCGCCUUUCCAACGAUACGCUAACUAUGGCGCUGGAUUUCGGACACUGGCGCAGAUCCGUGAAGACAUCAAGGCCAAGACCAAGGCAGGCAUGCCUAGUAUUGUGCCUGACGAAGUCUAUGAAGACCUGUGCAAGCAAGCCGUCAAGGCUUGGAACCAGCCCAUGGAAACCUUCCUGCAAGAGACUAUGAAUUGUCUUCAACGAAUCGUCGACUACGCCCUUGGCCAGGCUUUUGGCUCCCUAAUGAAGCGAUUGAUCUUCAAGAAGUCUACCAACCUCAUGAAUGAAUUCUUGAGGGAGCAUCGGAGCGAGGCCAUGUCUUUUAUUAAGGACAUCUACGACAUGGAGACGUUCCAGCUCUUCACGGUCAAUCAGAAGGCCUUUGAAGACUAUCAACGCUCUGAAAGCCGGGUGCUCACGCGUUACCGCCACGUUAUGCGCUGGCAGGCAUUCUCGGGAGAUUCCUACGAGUUCCAUGAUUGGGACCAAAUGACACCUGAGCAGCGCACGAACGAGGAGCGGAAGCAUCACCAGGAGCUUGGGAAGAUGGGCCCAGACACCUUUGAUAAGGAGCUAAGGGUGGCUGCCUACAUCCGAGGCUACUAUAUGCUGUCCGCUCUCCGCUUCGCCGACACGGUCUGCCUGUCGGUCACGUCCCGCAUGAUGCCGAAGAUUGUCCAGGAUCUCGACUUCUUCCUCGAGAACAACCUUGGUCUCAUCGGUGGUCGUGACGAGACUGUGUUUGCACGUCUGAUGGAGGAGGAUGAAGCGACCGCUCGCAAGAGAGAACAGUUGAAGAACGAGCUGGAGAAGUUCAACAAGGCGCUCGACUCGAUUACCACCAACGAGUUGGAGGGCGCUUUCGGGUCGUCUUCGCAGGGAAGAGACGCGCUUGAGGCUUAUGGCGAGUCUUUUGCUGAGACUAUGGAUGUUGAUGGAGGAUGUUGA